AUGGAUGACACACGUAUAGAAUGGAUGAAACAUGUUAUAUACAAAGGGUUGAACUUAGUGGAUAAUGAUAUAUUUCUUGAAUUUCUUGAACGUAACGAUAAUGAAAAUGAAUUGGAACUAGCAAAAUUUUUAAAUGAUUCGCCGAAAGAUGAAUAUCAAAUAUUAAUAUUCUAUAAAACAUUUUAUGAAGAAGAAGUUGAAGAAAUCUUGGAAACACCAAGAAAACAAUCUACAAAUGGUUUAACAGAUGUUGAUGGUGAAGUUCAAUACGAACAAACUAACAAUAAUUUGGAUAAUCCUGAAGAAAUGACAACUAAUCGAAAAGAAAUUCCUGAUGAAAUUACUGCUAAUAAUAACAAUACUAACAAUAAUGAAAUGAAUGAAAAAGGUGAUGAUUCACCUAUAGAUGAGACUGAUACCUCUUUAAAAUAUACAACUAUUAUUAAUCGAAAAACAAUAUGGCGUACUCGUUUAAGUAUGAAAAAUACAAGUGUAGACGUUGGAGCAUUAACAGAAGAAUAUGUUUAUUUUAUUCGAAUUACAAAGGGAUAUAUUAAUGCACCGAAUGAUUUAAAACAAACAUUUAAUUUUAUGCCAAGUCAAAUGCAAUGGGGUUAUAUGCGUGGAAGUUUCCUUCAAAAUUUACAAAACUUAUUAAAACAAAUUUAUUCACCAUUAUUAAAAGAUCAACAGUUAAUGUUACAUGAGAAUAAUCAAUAUCAACAGGAACUAGAAAUUUCUGAAAAAGAUCAACCAGAAUUAAGUGAAAAUAAAAUAAAAGAACAACAAGAAAAUGAAGAAAUGAAACAAAUAGUUGAAACAAAAGAUGAAUUUUUAAUAAACACAAGAAAAUUUUGUCGUAUUGUUGAAACAACUAUACACCAAUUGAAUAGUGAUAUUGUUUUAGAAGUGCCAAAUAUAGAUGUGACUGAAGAUGAUUUAGAAAUUGUGAAAAGUUCAAAAUUUAUUAUCAUUGAAAAAACUAUCAUAUCAUGGAACAGACAGAUUCGUCAAACAUUAGAUAUUUUGCUAGAAAAAAAACCAAAUGAUAAUAGUCCAUUGAGCUUGAUUGACUACUGGCGUGAUCGUAAUCUAAUACUUGGAACAUUAAUAGAACAAUUGAAAAGAUCAAAUGUUAUACGAUUUUAUCAUUUACAUCAAAUAUUAGAAAAUGAUACAUAUAAUGCAUUAUUUAGUGAAACAAACAGUUUAUAUGUACAAGCCAGGGAUAAUGUGAAAUUUCUUUCAUUAUUAGAAAGACACUUUAAAACAUUAACUUUUGGCAAUAAAAUUGAAUCGUUGAUUGAUAUUAUUCAUCCACUUAUACAAACAUUUCAUAUGAUAUGGGUUUUAUCCCGAUAUUAUAAUCGUGAUGAAAAUAUGGUACAAUUAUUUGAACGAACAGCAUUGACUAUAACUAAUCGAGUUAUUCAUGCUGUUAAUUUUCCAAAUGUAUUCCGAUCUGAUCUAAAACAGUCUAUUUCAUUAAUGAAAACUAUAAUAAAUCUUUUAAACCAUUGGAAAAAUGUAUAUUAUGAAAAACGUUCUGAAAUUGAAACAGUUGGUCGUGAUGCUCGUUGGGAAUUUGAUAAAGUUAAAUUAUUUGGUUAUACAGAUUAUACAUGUUUAAUUUGUGAAAAUUUAUUAGAAAUAUUAAUAACAAUCAAAGAUUUUAGAAAUAUUUUUAGUUCUGAAUUAAAAUCAGUUACAUGUGAUACAAAGAAAAUAGAUGAAGCAAGUCAACGUGUUAAUAAUAUUAUUGAAAUGUUUUGUCAGAUGAAAAUGGAUCCAUUUAAUAAAGAAAAUAAAAUUUGGUGGUAUAAAGAAUUAGAAAAAUUUCAUAAUCUUGUUGAACAUCUUGAAUAUGAAGCUAAUUCAUUAAUUAAUGAUUCAUUUACAUUAUUACGAUCUAGUGAAUCAGUAUUUGAUGUAUGGUGUAAAUUUCGUCAUAUUAAAACACGUUCAAAAAUUCAUAAUUUAUUAAAUGAAAAAUUUAUAGAUAUAUUAAAACAAUAUGAAAAAGAAUUAAUCAAUAUUAGUAGUAUAUUUUAUCAAAAUGCAAUUUUACCUCCAUUUCAUAAUGAACAACAAAAUGAAAUAAUGAUACGUAUAUUAACUAAAUUUAUACCACCAAUAUCUGGUUUAAUUCGAUGGGAAAGAUAUUUAUUAAAUUGUAUUAAAAAACCAAUAUUAAAAUUUUUAAAAAUUAAUGAAUUAAUGAAAAAUGAUGAAGGUAAAUCUAUACGUAAUCAAUAUAUUAUUAUUGGUAAACAAAUGAAAAAUUAUGAAGAACAAUUAUAUAAAUAUUGGUUAAUACAAAUAGAACAAUCAUUUGAUCAAUAUUUAAAUCAAACUUUAUUAAAACAACAAGAUUUAAUUAAAUCAUCAAUGAUAACAAGAAUAUCUUCUUUACCAAUAAGUCGUUUAAGUUUAAAUUCUUCAUCGAAAAGUGAACAAAAUACAAAUGAAUUAAGUAGAAUAGUUAUGGAAUUCAGUAAAUAUGAAUUAUUAGUUAAUUUUCAUCCGAAUAUCUUGGUAACAAUAACAGAAGCAAAACAUUUGGAAGCGUUAGGAUUUAAAAUACCAGAGAUUGUUAUCAAUGCUGUAAUGAAAGAAUCCAGCUAUAUAGUUUAUGUGGAGAAGUUGAAAUUUUUAGUUAAACGAUGUCAUGAAUUAUUUACACAACUUGAUCCCGUUGAGUUAACUAUACUGGAAUCAUAUAUCAUCAAUUUGAGAACAAUUAUGAAACCUGGAUGGGAUAUACUGAAUUGGAAAAGUCUUGGUAUAAAUGAAUUUAUUACAAAAGUAGAAGAAGAAUUAAAUCGAUUCGCUUCCGUGUGUAACUUAUGCAAAAAAACAGCCGCAGAUAUUGAAGCGCGUUUAGAAUUAAUUGGUUCAGCUGAUUUAUUUCCAACACCCAAGUGGACAGAUGAAUAUCAGAAGACAGCAAUGGGAGAAUAUUUCACAUGCAAGGAAUAUUUUGCACAGACAGUUAUUGAAAGACAGAAACAAUUUGAAGAGUUACGUAUGCAACAUACCUCCUUGACACCAUUGAUUAUUAAACUUGAAGGUGCAAUAACUCAGCAAAAUACAGGGAAUAGUAAAAUAAUGGUCCCUUAUUUUGAAUAUUGGGAGAAAAAGCUAUUCGAUCGAAUUUAUGCGAUGGUGAUUAGAAAUCUUCAAUCAUAUUUAAGUCGUAUUUCUCGUCAACAAGAGCCAUUGUUUGCAGUUGAUCUUAUGUUAGCUGGAACAGAUGUAGUUGGUAAUCCACAGCCAGCUGAACUUUAUCGACUAGUCAUUCAAGAAUUAAGGGAUGCGAUUGAAUCAACACGUGUAUUCGUUAGAUGGUAUCGUGGUUCAUGUGUGAUUGCUCCAGGUGUUAAGAUUGAUGGUAGUGAAGAUUUACACUAUUUUACUUUUUAUGAAGAAAUUGCAAAAUCCAGUGAAAUAGCUGAUUUAGUUCAACAAAUUGCAAAAGUUUAUGCGAAUACAGUUGAAAAAGUGAAACGAUUUCAAGAUAGUUGGCGUAAACAUAAAGGGAAAUUUGUUGCCAAUAAAUUAACUCAAGUGGAAAAAUGGAUGGAAACACCUCGUACUGCAAUUGAAAUUCAUGAGAAAAUAUUAGAAAUGAAUAAUAAAUUAAAUGAUUUAUGUGAAACACCUGAAUUAUUGAAUAUUGGUUGUAUACAAUUAAGAUUAAAAAGUUUAAUUCAUAAUAUACAUGAACAUAAUAGAAAAUGGACAAUAGCCUAUGGUAAACAACUUCAUGAUAUUGGUAAAGAAAUGUUGACAAGUUUACAUGAAGAGUUCAAACAUCGAUCCGAAGAUUUAGAAGAUGUGCCAACAACACUGACUGAAUUAAAAGAUAUUUUGCGUGCUAUUCAUGAAAUCAGAUUAACAACAUUGGAAACUGAAGAAAAAUUAAUCGAUAUUGAAGAACGUUAUCGUUUAUUAAAUUAUCACAAUUUACCGGUACCGGAAAAUGAAAUUGAAUCAGUAAAAAGUUUACGAUCAGUAUGGAUGAAUUUACUAAAAUUUGCAAAUUAUAAAGAACAUACAUUGAGUCGAAUCAAAAACAAAUUUGCUAAAAUUACUUUAGAAGAUAUUACAAAGUUUAAUCAGUUGGUGAUUGAGUUUGAAAAACGUUUCACAGAAAAUGGUCCUGGCACAUUGAUCCAUGAUUUGGAUUUAGCUGUAACAUCUGCAAAAGAGUAUCAUGAAGAACUAAAUGAACUUGAAAUUAAACGCAAAGAAUUAACAUCAGCUGAACAACUUUUUAAUUUACCAUUAACUCAAUAUCCUCAAUUAAUUAAUAUUCAGAAAGAAUUGAAUGGAUUAGAUCAGUUAUUCAAUAUUUAUUUGAAACAAAAGCAAGCUCGUGAAGAAUGGUCACAAAUAUUAUGGAGAGAUUUAAAUAUAUCAAUUUUACAAAGUGGUAUUGAAAGUUAUUUAAAAGAUCUAAGAAAUUUACCAAAAUCUGUUAGAACUCUACCAAUCGGACGUGUAGUAUUUGAACAAAUUCGCACAUUUCGAGAUUCAUUACCAUUGUUUCUAGAUUUAAAAAAUGAAGCUUUAAGAGAAAGACAUUGGAAUGAAUUGAUGCGUAAAACAGGACAAACAUUCGAUAUGAAUCCAGAAACAUUUACAUUGGCAAAUAUUUUCUCCAUGGAAUUACAUCGGUUUACAGAUCAAAUAUCUGAAAUUGUAGCAUUUGCAAUCAAGGAAUUAAGUAUUGAAAAAGGUGUUAAAGAAGUUGAAGAAACUUGGCAAAAUCUUAAUUUCAAUGUUAUUAAUUAUGUGAAAGCAGGUCAAAAUAGAGGAUACGUUUUAGGUGCACUAGACGAUAUAAUUCAAAUACUUGAAGAUAAUUCAAUGAAUUUACAAUCAAUGGCAUCAAGUAAAUUUAUUGGUCCAUUUUUAUCAACUGUACAAUUAUGGGAGAAAAAUUUAAGUAUAAUUAGUGAAAUAAUUGAAGUAUGGUUAAUUGUUCAACGUAAAUGGAUGUAUUUAGAAGGAAUAUUUAUUGGCGGUGAUAUACGUGCACAAUUACCAGAAGAAGCUGCCAAAUUCGACAACAUUGAUAAAAUGUUUAAAAAAAUUAUGUUUGAAACAAAUAAAUUACCGAAUGUGAAAACAUGUUGUUUAGUAUCUGGUCGAUUGAAUGAAUUAACUAUUCUUGGUGAAGGACUGGAACGUUGUCAAAAAUCAUUAAAUAAUUAUUUAGAUUCUAAAAGAAAUGCUUUUCCAAGAUUUUUUUUCAUUUCUGAUGAUGAAUUAUUGAGUAUAUUAGGAUCAAGUGAUUGUGAAUGCGUUCAAGAGCAUAUGAUUAAAAUGUUUGAUAAUAUAGCAUCACUGAAAUUUUCUAAGCAGUCAUCGAAAUCUGGAUCUAAUUUUGUUGAAAUGACCGCAAUGAAUUCAGCUGAGGGUGAAGUCAUGGAAUUUCGUCAACCGCAACCUGUUACUGGUAAUGUUGAAAACUGGAUGACUGCAAUGGAACAAGAAAUGAAACGAAGUAAUAGAUUGAUCACAAAAGAAGCCGUGUUCUACUACCGAUCUAGUAAAUCAAGAGUUGAAUGGAUGUUCGAUUAUCAAGGUAUGGUUGUAUUAGCUACAAAUCAAAUAUGGUGGACAUGGGAAAUAGAAAAUGUUUUUCGUAAAAUAGCUAGUGGUAAUAAAAAUGCAAUGAAGGAUUAUUCACAAAUGCUUCAACAACAAUUAGAUGAUAUUGUUCUGUGUGUACGUAGUCCAUUAAAAAAGAACGAUAGAAAUAAACUAACCACCGUGUUAAUAGUUGAUGUACACGCAAGAGAUAUUGUCUCUGACUUUGUACGUGAUAGUAUUAUGGAUGCUACAGAAUUUCAAUGGGAAUCACAAUUACGAUUUUAUUGGUCUAAAUCUACAGAUAAUUUAAUUAUUAAACAAUGUACUGGACAAUUUAAUUAUGGUUAUGAAUAUAUGGGAUUAAAUGGACGUCUCGUUAUUACACCGUUAACUGAUCGUAUAUAUUUAACAUUAACACAAGCUCUUUCUAUGUUUCUUGGUGGUGCACCUGCUGGACCUGCUGGUACUGGGAAAACUGAAACUACAAAAGAUUUAGCUAAAGCAUUAGGUUUACUUUGUAUUGUAACUAAUUGUGGUGAAGGUAUGGAUUAUAAAGCUGUUGGUAAAAUACUUUCUGGUCUAUGUCAAUGUGGAGCAUGGGGAUGUUUCGAUGAAUUUAAUAGAAUUGAUGCUUCUGUUUUAUCAGUUAUAUCGACACAAUUAAAAGUAAUACAAACGGCUUUAAUAAAUCAUGUAAAAGAUUUUCUCUUUGAAGGUAUUUCAAUUAAAUUAGAUUCAAGAGUUGGUAUUUUCAUCACUAUGAACCCAGGUUAUGCUGGACGAACAGAAUUACCAGAAUCAGUAAAAGCAUUAUUUAGACCUGUUGUUGUUAUUGUACCAGAUUUACAACAAAUCUGUGAAAUUAUGUUAUUUUCACAAGGAUUUUUAUCAGCUAAAAUAUUAGCUAAGAAAAUGACUACACUAUAUCGUCUGGCACGUGAACAAUUAUCAAAACAGCAUCAUUAUGAUUUCGGUUUGAGAGCAUUAAAAUCAGUCUUGGUAAUGGCUGGUGAUUUAAGACGUGAUGCACCAGAACUACCAGAAGAUGUAGUAUUAAUGCGAGCUUUAAGAGAUAUGAAUUUGCCGAAAUUCAUUUUUGAAGAUGCACCAUUAUUUUUAGCUUUAAUUCAAGAUCUUUUCCCUGGAUUAAAUUGUCCACGUGUACGUUAUCCUGAAUUAAAUGAUGCAGUUGAAUUGUGUUUAAAUAAAAAAGGCUAUACGGAAAAUCCAAUUCAAGCGGAUAAAGUUGUACAACUUUAUGAAACAAUGAAAACACGUCAUACAACUAUGGUAGUUGGACCUACAGGUGGUGGUAAAACAGUAGUUAUUAAUGCUUUAUGUGAUGCACAAACAUAUAUGGGAUUACCGACAAAAUUAUAUACAUUAAAUCCAAAAGAUAGAAGUGUCAUUGAAUUAUACGGUAUAUUAGAUCCUAAUAGUCGAGAUUGGACAGAUGGUUUAUUAUCAAAUAUAUUUCGAGAAAUUAAUCGUCCAACAGAUAAACAAGAAAGAAGAUAUAUUCUGUUUGAUGGUGAUGUUGACGCAUUGUGGGUUGAAAAUAUGAAUUCAGUUAUGGAUGAUAAUCGUCUGUUAACAUUGGCUAAUGGUGAACGUAUUCGAUUACAAUCACAUUGUGCAUUAUUGUUUGAAGUUGGAGAUUUACAAUACGCAUCACCAGCGACUGUAUCACGUUGUGGUAUGGUAUAUAUUGAUCCGAAAUAUUUAGGUUACGAACCUUAUUGGAAGAAAUGGUUAAGUCAGCGUACAACUCAAUAUGAGAGAACUAUACUGAAUGAAUUAUACAAUAAGUAUAUACCGCCGAUUAUAGAUAGGAUUGUUGAGGGCAUUGCAGACGGUGAACAAGUGGAACGUUUAAAACGUGUCAUCCCACUAACAGAUUUAAAUUUAUUAAUACAAUUUUGUUAUUUACUCGACUGCCUAUUAAUCAAUAUCAAUGAACAAACAGAUUAUGCUUUGAUUGAAAGUAUUUUUCUAUUCAGCAUUUACUUUUGUAUUGGUGGAGCAUUAGUUGAAGAAGAACGAGAAAAAUUUGAUAAUUAUGUAAAAUAUUUAGCAAGUCUACCUGGACCAGCUGUUGAAGAAACAUUAAAUAAUCCAGCUGCUGCAGGAACUAUACCAAGUGUUGAGCCUAGUUUAUUUGAUUAUUAUUUCGAUGUAGAAAAACAUGUUUGGAUUCCAUGGCGUCAAUUAGUUCCUACUUAUAUACAUAAUAAAUCCAUUAAAUUUUCUGAGAUAUUAGUACCAACAAUUGAAACUGUUCGAAUUAACUGGUUUAUAGAAAAAUUAGUUCAUAUUCAUAGACCAUUAUUGUUAGUUGGUGAAACAGGAACAUCAAAAACUGCAAUUUGUCAAAGAUUUCUGCGGGAUAUCGAUCAAGAUAGAAAUCUAAUCUUAACAAUUAACUUUUCAUUUCGUACUACAUCAUUGGAUGUACAACGUAAUCUUGAAGCCAAUGUAGAAAAACGUAGUAAAGAUACAUAUGGACCAGUUUCAGGCAAACAAUUAAUCAUAUUUAUCGAUGAUAUGAAUAUGCCACAAGUUGAUCAAUAUGGAACACAACAACCUAUUGCUUUAUUGAAAUUAUUAAUUGAACGUAAAGGUGUUUAUGAUCGUGGUAAAGAAUUGAAUUGGAAACGUAUGCAAUCCAUUGAUUAUUUAGCAGCAAUGGGUAGGCCUGAUGGUGGAAAACAAGAUGUAGAUCCUAGAUUUAUUUCACUGUUUUCUGUUAUUAAUAUACAAUCACCAUCAGAAAGUACAUUAUAUAAAAUUUAUAGUUCGAUUUUAACUGGACAUACGAGUGAAUUUGAUAGUGGAAUUAAAAAUUCUGUAAAUUUUGUCACAAAUAUGACAAUGAAGUUAUUUCAAUUUGUUAGUGUUCAAUUACCACCAACGCCAUCAAAAUUCCAUUAUGUAUUUAAUAUGCGAGAUCAUAGUCGAAUAUUUAAUGGAUUAUGUUUAAUGACUAUUGACAAGUUCUGUCGUAGAGAACAAUGUAUUCGUUUAUGGCUUCAUGAAGUUUAUCGUGUUGUCAUGGAUCGUUUAAUAAAUCAUAAUGAUAAACAAUUAGUUGAAAAAUAUAUAGAUGAAUUAUUACAAGAGAAUUGUAAAGAAAUUAAAGAAUAUGUAACUAAAAUGCCGAUACUAUUUGGUGAUUAUCGAAAUGCAAUGGAUGAAUCAGAGAUUCGUUUAUAUGAAGAUAUGAUAGAUUAUGAGAAUUGUCGAACUAUAGCUCAAGAAAUCUUAGAAAAUUAUAAUGAAAGUAUUGGUCAAUUACAAAUGAUUCUGUUUAAUGACGCAAUUGAACAUUUCACACGCAUUGAACGUGUACUACGUAUGGAAAAUGGACAUGCACUUUUAGUCGGUGUUGGAGGUUCUGGUAAACAAAGUCUUACUCGACUAGCAACUUAUGCCGCUAAUAGUACACUAUUUGAAAUUCAACUAUGUCGAGGUUAUGGUGAACGUGAAUUUCGUGAAGAACUAAAAACACUUUAUUUACGACUCGGUAUUGAAAACAAAUCUACAGUUUUUAUGUUUACAGAUCAACAUGUUGUUGAAGAAGGUUUUCUUGAAUUGAUCAACAAUAUGCUGACAACAGGUUCAGUUCCUGCUUUAUUUGGUGAUGAUGAACGAGAGUCAAUAACAGGUCAAUUACGUGAUGAAGCUGUUGCGAUUGGAUAUCCUCCAACUCGUGAAUCUAUUUGGCAAUAUUUCAUACAAAAAGCAGCAUCGAAUUUGCAUAUUGUUCUAUGUAUGAGUCCUGUUGGUGAUACACUACGGACACGUUGUCGUAAUUUUCCUGGUAUUGUUAAUAAUACUACUAUUGAUUGGUUUUUCCCAUGGCCUGAACAAGCUCUGUAUGCUGUAGUCAAUGUACUUAUACCGGAACAAUUUAAUCUUGUACCUCAACAAUAUCGUGAUUCUGUUAUUGAUUAUUUUGUGGCAACACAUCAAAGUAUACAUGGUUAUACGGAAGAAUUUGCACAAACUUUAAGAAGAGUAAAUCAUGUCACACCAAAACAUUAUUUAGACUUUAUUCAUACAUAUAAGAGAUUAAUUACAGAAAAAGAUAAUGAUAAUGAAAAGCAAAUUAUUCGUUUACAAAGUGGUUUACAAAAAUUAGCUGAAGCUUCUAUACAAUUAGAAGAGUUAAAUGCUAAAUUAGCAGUACAACGUAUAGCUGUUACUGAAAAAACACAAGCAUGUGAAAAUUUAUUAAAUGAAAUUACUAAUAGUAGUCAAUUGGCUACAGAGAAAAAAGAACUAGCAGUUUUAAAAAGUAAAGAAAUUCAAAUUCAAUCUGUUGAAAUUGAACAAGAAAAAACGGAGGCUGAAACUGCCUUAGCUGAAGCUCUACCAGUUUUGGAACAAGCUCGUUUAGCUUUGGAUGAUUUAGAUAAAUCAGAUGUCACUGAAAUUAGAUCAUUUGCCAAACCACCGAAAGCUGUACAAGUAGUUUCAGAGUGUAUAUGCGUGUUCAAAGGUUAUAAAGAGAUUAGUUGGAAAACAGCUAAAGGGAUGAUGUCAGAUACAAAUUUUCUACAGUCUUUACAAACUAUGGAUGUUGACAAUAUAACUUCAAAACAAUCAUCGACUGUGAAAGAUUAUUUAGAUAAGUCAAAAAUUACAAUGGAUGAAAUGAAAAGUGUCAGCAAAGCUGGUACUGGUUUAUUAAAAUUUGUUGUUGCUGUACUUGGCUACAGUGAAGUUGCACGUGAUAUCAAACCAAAACGAGAUAAAGUUGCAAAAUUAGAAAAAACUUUUAUGCAAGCUAAGAGAGAUUUAACUCGAAUCAAUACAGAAUUGUCUAAUCUGGAAUCUGAGCUAAUCAGUCUUAAUCGUCGCUAUGAAGAAGCAAUGAGUGAAAGACUUAAAUUACAAGAAGAGACAGAUAUCAUGGAGCGUCGUUUGAUUGCUGCAGAUAAAUUAAUUUCUGGUUUAAGUUCAGAAGAAAUUCGAUGGCUUAAGGAUUUAGAUGGAUUGAAAAUAAAACGUGUCAAAUUAUUGGGUGAUUGUUUAAUCAGUGCAGCAUUUCUUAGUUAUGUUGGUGCAUUUUCAUCCGAAUUUCGUACACGUAUGAUAUACGAAGAUUGGCAAACAUGGUUACGAGAAAGACAAAUUCCACUAAGUGAUCAGUUUCGAUUGGAAGAUAUUCUGACAAAUGAUGUAGAAGUAUCAAGAUGGAAUUCGGAAGGUCUACCACCAGAUGAACUUAGUAUACAGAAUGGGAUAUUAACAGUACAAUCCUCCAGAUUUCCUUUAUGUAUUGAUCCACAAGAACAAGCACUUCAUUGGAUAUGUCACAAAGAAGAGGCAAAUAACCUAAAAAUUUCUACGUUUAAUGACUCAGACUUUCUUAAACAACUUGAACUAGCAAUACGUUAUGGUAUUCCAUUUUUAUUUAAAGAUGUCGAUGAAUAUAUUGAUCCAGUUAUUAAUAAUGUAUUAGAGAAAAAUAUAAAAGGUGACCAAAACCGUGCUUAUGUCAUUCUGGGUGAUAAAGAAGUAGACUACGAUCCUAACUUCCGUCUCUACCUCAAUACAAAACUGUCUAAUCCACAAUACGGACCAGAUGUAUUUAGUAAAGCAACAGUUAUUAAUUAUACCGUCACUAUGAAAGGUUUGGAAGAUCAAUUACUAAGUGUAAUUGUUAAAUCAGAACGAUGUGAGCUAGAAGAACAACGUGAAUUUUUGAUUAAAGAAACAAGUCAAAAUAAAAAGUUAUUGAAAGACUUAGAAGAUAGUUUACUACGUGAAUUAGCAACAAGUACAGGAAAUAUGUUGGAUAAUGUAGAAUUAGUUAAUACUUUAGAAGAAACAAAAUUAAAAGCAAAUGAAGUAUCAGAAAAAUUAGAAAUGGGUGCUAAAACUGCAAUUGAUAUUGAUAUAUUACGUGAUGGUUAUCGUCCAGCAGCAAAACGUGGAGCUAUUUUAUUUUUUGUUUUAUCAGAUAUGUCAUCAAUUAAUUCAAUGUAUCAAUAUUCAUUAACUGCAUAUCUUGAUGUUUUUCAAAUAUCUUUACAUAAAAGUAUGCCUGAUGUAGUUUUAAAGAAACGACUUCAAAAUAUUAUUAAUAAACUUACAUAUAAUGUAUAUACAUAUGGAUGUACAGGUAUUUUUGAAAAGCACAAACUUCUAUUCAGUUUUCAAAUAACCAGCAAGUUAGAAAUUAAUUUGGGGAAUUUAACUACGGAGGAAAUGGAUUUCUUUAUUAAAGGAAAUGUUUCCAUUGAGAAAACGAAAGACCCUAAUCCAUUACCUGAUUGGUUACCUGAUUCUAGCUGGAAAGACCUUAGUCGGUUAAUUGAAUUAUUUCCAGAAUACUAUGGUUCAUUAAAAGAUGAUUUAGUGAGAACAAGUAAACAAUGGAAAAGUUGGUACGAAUCAGAUAAUCCAGAAAGUAUAUCAAUUCCAGGAAAUUAUAAUGAACAAUUAAGUAAAUUUCAACGACUUUGUUUACUUCGAUGUUUUCGUAUAGAUCGAAUUUAUCGAGCUAUUACAUUAUAUAUUACAGAUAUAAUGAGUGAAGAUUUUGUUAGUCCACCAAUAUUAAAUUUUACAACAAUAUAUGAACAAACUACAUGUAGAUCACCAAUAGUAUUUAUUUUAAGUCCUGGUUCAGAUCCAACAUCCGAUUUAAUUAAAUUUGCUGAAAGACAAAAUUUUGAUAUAAAUCGUAUAAAAUUUUUAUCUAUGGGUCAAGGUCAAGAGAAAAACGCUCAAAAUCUAUUAGAAUUAUCUAUUAUCCAUGGUAAUUGGUUAAUGUUACAAAAUUGUCAUUUAUUAAUAAAAUGGUUAAUUAUUUUAGAAAAAUAUAUUGAAAAAUUAAUAAAACCACAUCCAGAUUUUCGUUUAUGGUUAACAACUGAACCAUGUGAUACAUUUCCAAUUGGUAUAUUACAACGUUCAUUAAAAGUCGUGACAGAAUCACCGAAUAAUUUAAAAUUAAAUAUACGUUCAACAUAUUCAAAAAUCUCAUCAUCAUCAUCAUCAUCAUCAUUAUUAUUUAAUGAAUAUUCUCAUUCAAUAUUUCCAAUAUUAAUUUAUACAUUAACAUUUUUUCAUGCUGUUAUACAAGAACGUAGAAAAUUUGGUAAAAUUGGUUGGAAUAUUAUAUAUGAUUUUAAUGAAUCCGAUUUUCGUGUAUCUAUGCAAAUAUUAAUCACUUAUUUACAAAAAUCUAUACAUGAAAAUGAAAUAAAAAUUCCAUGGGAUAGUUUAAAAUAUUUAAUUGGUGAAGUAAUGUAUGGUGGACGAGUUAUUGAUGAAUAUGAUAGACGUAUAUUAAAAACAUAUAUGAAUGAAUAUUUUGGUGAUUUUAUAUUUGAUACAUAUCAACCAUUUUGUUUUUAUUCAUAUAAACAUUUUCAAUAUUCUAUUCCAAAUGGUAAUACACGUGAUGAAUUCAGUCGUUAUAUUGAAUCGCUCCCACUAACUAAUACACCUGAAGUUUUUGGUCUUCAUUCAAACGCUGAAAUAGGUUAUUAUACAAAUGCAACCAAAGAAAUUUGGAGUUAUCUACUUGAAUUACAACCACAGACAAGUAGUCAAACAAAUUCAACAAAUCGUGAAGAGUUCAUUUCACAAAUAACACAAGGUUUAUUAACUAGUCUACCACAAAUAUUUGAUAGAGAAGCUUUAAGAAAAAAAUUAGGCGUAAAUAUACCACCAAUUACAGUUGUUUUAUUACAGGAACUAGAGAGGUUUAACUUACUCAUCAAACGAAUGGAUCAAACCCUUAGAACAUUGAAACGUGCAUUGAAUGGGGAAGUUGGUAUGUCAGCCGAACUUGAUAAUGUUGCACGUUCCCUAUUUAAUGGCCAACUGCCAAGCAUAUGGCAGCGUUUAGCUCCGGCGACUAAAAAGUCUUUAGGCAACUGGAUGAUACACUUUCAUGAUCGUCAUAAACAAUACACUACUUGGAUUGAAAAUGGUGAUCCAGGUGUCAUUUGGUUAUCAGGUCUACAUAUUCCUGAAUCGUUUCUGAUGGCUUUAACUCAAACAACAUGUCGUCGCAAUGGAUGGCCAUUAGACAAAAGUGCAUUAUUUACAGCAGUAACUCAAUAUACAGAUUCCACUGAAAUACAAGAACGAGCACAUCAAGGAUGUUUUGUUCAAGGACUGUAUUUAGAAGGUGCAAGCUGGGAUUUAGCUAAAGGUUGUUUGAAACGUCAAAAGUCACGACAACUAGUUCAACCCUUGCCUAUUCUUCGAGUUAGUGCCAUUGAAGCCCAUCGUUUAAAAUUGCAAAACACAUUUUGUACUCCAGUUUACGUUACUUCAGAAAGACGGAAUGCAAUGGGAGUUGGAUUAGUUUUUGAAGCUCAUUUAAAAACUGAAGUUCAUCCAAGUCAUUGGGUGUUACAAGGUGUAUGUCUUACUUUAAACGCUGACUAG